AAGAGAGAGAGAAAAGAAACCACCACUCCAUCGAGAGAGAAGGGGGACAAAAAACCACAAAAAUCAUGUGCAACCCAAACAAGAAACCCAUCACCCCAAAUCCUCACCUCUACAUCACCCUCAAAGUUUUCCCGACGGAAAACGAACAGAAUCAACAAUCGAACCAAACCCUGAGGCAAGAAGCUCAGUCUCUGUUCCUGUUAGCUUUACCCAUUGCAGUGACUGCUCUCCUCUUCUACUCUCGAUCCAUAAUCUCCAUGCUCUUCCUCGGCUCGCAUCUCCCUCUCGCAGCGGGCUCCCUCGCCAUUGCCUUCGCCAACAUCACUGGCUACUCUGUCCUCAGUGGCCUAAUGGAGCCUCUCUGUUCUCAAGCCUUCGGAGCUAACCAAACCAAGCUCCUUUCUUUAACUCUUCGUCGAGCGAUCCUCUUCUUGCUCUCGUCAUCGAUACCCAUUUGCUUAGUUUGGCUCAACAUGUCGAAGAUUCUACUCUUUCUGGGCCAAGAUCGAGAGAUUGUGAUGCUGUCGCAGACUUAUUUGAUUUAUUCAAUCCCUGACCUACUGUCCUUUUCCUUCAUUCACCCCCUUCGGAUUUAUCUCCGUUCUCAGGGGACUAUGACUCCGCUGACCACAGCUGCGGCGAUCGCUGCGGCUCUGCAUCUCCCUCUGAAUUACGUCCUCGUCUCGGGCUUCUGGUUUGGGUUUGACUUUGGAGCCGCCGGGGUAGCAGCGGCCUCUGCGGGUUCGAAUUUCUUGCUCCUGUCCUGUCUUCUGUUUUUGUUGCGCCAGAGCGGUUGGCCUGAUACGGCAGAGGCCUACGAUGUAGCAGUGCUUGACGGUGCUGCGCGGCCCGACUUGUGUGAGGCUCGCGGGGCCCAGCUGCGUGUCGUGUGCCUCGAGUGUGGUGCGUACGAGCUGAUAUCAUCCUUGCGGGUUGCUGCCCGACCCGAAGCCAAGCGGUCGCGUCCAUGGGGCGUUUUGAUUCAGACAACCGCUUUGAUCUACGUGUUCCCCUUCCUUGGUUUCGGGGUUUCGGCGCGUGUGGGGAAUGAGCUGGAGGCGGGCAGGCCGCGAAGGGCCCGGACCUCCGCGGGCGGUGGCGGUAGCGUUCUCGCGCGCUCACGCGGCUUUGUUGCAAUGGGCUUCGCCUCUGCGGAUGAAGCGACAGAUGGGCCCGGAUGUUCACAAAAUGAUCCAGAUAUCCUGAAGCUUACGGCGGCAGCUCUGCCGAUACUGGGCCUUUGCGAGCUCGGAAAUUGCCGCCAGACAGUCGGUGGCGGAGUUUUCUGCGGGGGCAGCCGCCCGGCCAACCCAUGCGCAGCCCAUAUAAAUUUAGGCGCGUUUUACUUGGUGGUGCCCAUCGCGGUGGGGCUCUCAUUUGGGCUCGACGCAGGGUUUUGUGGGCUUUGGACGGGGCUUCUUGCAGCCCAGAUUUGUUGUGCUGGGCUCAUGAUGUAUGUUGUUGGGACCACCGACUGGGAUGCCCAGGCUAGACGGGCGCAGUUGCUAACGUGCGCUGAGGGUGAGGAGUUGGACAUUGAUAUCAACGAAGAAAAAAUAAAAAAUUAUGAUGACGAUGAGGAUUACCAUGAAGAGAAAGAAGGAGAUGAGGUUUGUUGUGUCCCGCUGGUGUCGAUAAAAACGGAUGACCCUGGAAGGUGAUAGAUAUUUUAGAGAGAGAGAGAGAGAGAGGUUUUAAAUUGACGUCGUUUAUGGUAAUGCAUCAUAUCCAUAAUAAUAUAAUUUUGUAAAUUUUCAUGUUCAUUAAUACUGUUGGGUUAGUUUCAUUUCAUUGAUCUCUAAAUUAUUGAAAUGAAGGGUAUG